CGGUGCCCAGGCAAGAGCUCAGCAUACGGUGGAGCAACUUGAAUGAACAAUCAAUGCGUGGUGAACACUGCUAUUAUGAUGAAAGUGCUUUAAGAGAUAGUUCUGGCACAUUGCCGGUUCCGCAUGCUACGUUCUGGUCGAGGUCUUGUGUAUUGUGUGUCGGACCUCAGCAACAGUUUUAUCUCUUUCGGGCAGAAACAAAUGGACGUCCCCAGCGGGCGCAUCAGAUUGCGCCUCAAGCUCAAGCCUCGUUCCUUCGGCGAAGCCCUCUUUUUGUCUGGUCUGGUCUUUUCUCAUUUUGGACGGUCGUGGUCGGUGUCUCUUGUCUGUUCUGGGGCGUUCGUGCACUAUAGGCAAUUGCAAAUGGCAAAUACAGCAGUGCGCACACACGGACGGCCGCAGUUGACCAUUAAUAUUGCGCCUCGGAAGUUUGUACUCGCUGCUGCGCACGGGCCCGGCAGAGCGUCGAUCCGCCAGCAAUUAAUAAGGGACGCGCCGACCGACCGUCUUGGAGUCUGGGCUUCCGCGAGGAUUUGCGCCUCUGAAGCACCGAGUACGUUUCGUCCGGAAGCGGGGCGUUCCAGUUCGAAUGCAGAAGAGGAUAGUAUAGCAUGCAGGAUGCAUGGAAGGCGAGUGCGCGUGACGGACACGAGGCAGGCCACUGGGGCGCGCGAUGGGGAACGCGCUGAAUUGGCGAAGGUGUCUGUGGCGGAAAUCGAGGCCUGGACCCGCGCAGACUUGGGCGGCAGCGUCGCGGAUGCGGGGACCAAUGGCACCACAUCGCAGUGCGAGUCGAGCGCUGAUCUGCACAGGCACUUCUGCCUCGGCGCGACGCUCGGAACACGUACGAUAGCUUCCCGUCGUCUAUCGCCUCGCGAUCCUUCCCAUGUAAAUCCUGCUCCAGCACACUUGGGCGCAGACUCGCCUGGCCAGUUCAUUCCGCUCUCACCCUGUCGUAUCGCUCGUUCUCCCGCUCAGGAUGCGCUCUUUUCGCCUGCGCCAAUUCGACAGCGUGCGGGUACUCGGGACGACGUGAAGCUUAUUCACGCGCUGCCAACCGAUCCAGAACUGCCAGUACUCUUGCACAGGAGUGCUUCCUCGUUACCCCACAAUAAGCAUAAGAAACGACUUGUCUUGGCUGAUUUAUGAGCGUACCCCACAAUGCGAUACCCGCCCUCUGUGCUGUUCUGCCACAGCCCUCCACAAUAUGAAUCCACCUUCACCGCAGAUCCGAGGCGUGUCACCUGUCCCGGUCGUCCACAGCACACAAGUCUGGGUGCAUCGCAGCGACUGAAUACUGAUCGGACGUUCGCCGCCGCCUAGCCCAACCUACGCGGGCCAUUCUCCCCGAUCUCACAAGGUUCGCUGCUGCCGCUGAGACCACUUGACUUGCCCAGCGGCACGCCCACCAUGGCUGUUGGUGCUUCGAAACAUCCUUGCAAAGAUACUGUACCCUUUCGACCAUAGGUUCAGUCACGGUCACAUCCACCCUUGAACUGGCCUUUCAGGUCAAAUGUCACGCAUCACCGGCCGGUAGAACUAAG